CACAGAGUGUUGUUCUCUCAUGUACUACGGAGAACAAAAGUAACAGAAGUUAUGGCGUUGCUUUACUUCUUCGAUUCCACAGCGAAAUUUCCUGGAUUGGAUUAUGAUUCAUUAUGUAGCUCUUUCUGUAAUGCUUUCCUUCAAACAAGAUUGAGUGAGAAAGGAGCCAUCAAACAUUUCUGGAAGAUUCCUGGAGAACCAAGACUGAUUGGGGUCGUCAGUGUGGAGGCCCCAGGAGAGCUGGAUGCAUUUUUUAAGUCCGCCGUAUGGUUGCAAGGUUUCAGCAUCCACGUUACUACCGUUUUUACCCCUCUUAGGGCAUAUGAAGAUUUCGCUGCUACUGUUGGGGACAGGCUUGGGGAAGAAAGCAAUAUUAGUCUAGUAGAAUGUGUACCAAGAACUGGCCUGCAUUAUUUUCUCACAUUUACUGUGGAAUACGAAGGUAUGACUCAGGAAGACCUCUUCAGAAUCUGGCGCGAAGAAGCAAAGGCUGCUCUGGAUGCUAAGAAAUCUGGAACUGUGUUGGACUUGUGGAAAGUGGUGGCACAACGAAAGGUGUUUGCCAUUGUGUGUGUUUCCAAACCAGGGGAUCUGGACGCGAUAUCAUUUGACCUGCCUAUCAUGAAGAAAAUGGGAGACAAAGUCCAUAUCACAUGCAAGUCUCUUCGCCAAGCUGACGACUGGAUCAAAGAAGUCAGGCGUGAAACAUAUAACGCCAUAAGUCUACCUGACCAUUGUAAAUAGAUUUCAUUUCAUUUCACCUGCGGAUCAAAAUUAAUUAAGGCAAUGAUCCUCGUCGGUGAACUAAAAUCUAAGCAAUAUUGUAGAAAAGAAGCCAGAACAGAUUUGCGUUAUUCAGGGAAGGUUAUAUGUAAGGAAGUUUUGGCUCGUCAUAUGAGGGGUAUUAUGAUAAAUACAGUAAAAUAAGAAAAGCAAAUCUUGCAAAGUCUGUGUUUAUUCAACGUACUUUCUUCCUCUUUAUGUGCUUCCUGCGCGACGGCGGUUUUCAUGGUAGGCACUCGCAUGAAAGAAAAACGGCAGUGAUUACCGUGAAAGGGUACUGAAGGCAUAUGAAUGAUGGCUACACCUCGCCUGUAGUGCCAGCAGCAUUUACCAAUAGUACCACGCCCAUUCUCGAAAGGGCACUCCCCGUGUUAGCCCCAAACGGGUUUUGCCGCCAAACAGCAAAGGAAAUGGAGAGGAAUACUAUUGAGGUGAAUAUAAAGUUCGAAAAAGGCUAAUGUGGUGAGAAGGUCACUUACUGAAUCAGUGGUAGAACCACGCUGACUGUUGCCAGAACAGUCUGGAUUCAAAGGCUAAUUGUGCAGGAUAAAAUUCGGCAUAGCAUUCCGGAACCAGUAAAUCAACUCCAGCAGGGGAGCAGGGAUGGCGCUUGCCUCUCACCAUAGUGGCCCGAGUUCGAUUCAUGGACCCGGCAUUACAUGUGGUUGUGUUUGUUGUUAGUUCUAAGUCCUUGCUCUGAGGGU